AUGAACUCGGGGGGAUGCCCUCACAGCGGAGUCUUCCCUGUAAAGGAUUACAGGCGUGACAGCUGGACGCAACAUGCAGCAUGCUCUGCUUGGCAACAACUUGUCGAUGAUACUAAAAGCGAGGCUCAGCAGAGACAGAUUCUUGCUGAACUAUAUACUAAACAUAUCACUGCGAGUAUUAGCUCAAGAUGUGAGGAUUUGGGGAAAAUAAGCAAGAGAUGUCGAGAAAUUGGUGCUCUUUCACACAGCGAAAUCAAUCGGGUAUUGACGGAGUUACAUACUGCUAUGAAAACAUAUCAAUUAUGUUAUUCGGAGUUAGCCGCAGUGGAAAGAAAGCUAAGACUAGCCGAGGAAGAAAAACGACGGUAUGAAGAAGCAAAUCCUGGAAAAACAGAGGGAACCCGCAAAUACCGUAAUCUGUGCAAGUAUUUGAAAAAGAGAGAAGACAAAUACGAAGCAGUCCAUUCAAAAUGUACAAAAGGACGAAACGAGUAUCUUAUGUGUAUACGAGCUGCAAAUGCUGCAUUACACAGAUCCGCUUUCAGGUUCUUUGCUGAAGAUCUCAGUUAUCUCAUUGACUGCACAGAUUUGGGGAUGGAUUAUUGGACGAGAGCACUUCUAGGUGAGCCUAAGAACAAAUUGCUCUUUUUUCAACCACAUAUUUUCUAA